AUGUACGACGAGAUUAUAGCAGACAGUGAGGGUGAAGAUGAGCUAUUUGGCCCAAUUUCUCCUGCACCCUUUGUUGGUCCAAAAACCACAACUCCCUCUGCUGCAUCGACUUCGGCAAAUGUGUCGACAAUUUCUGAAUUUUCUACCAGCAAAGCUACUGCUAUUGAUUCUAUCUCCAACUUUUCUUCAACUGCUUCGCGUGCUCAUGCCACAUCCACUAUCAUCACCACCGCUACCGCUACUACUUCGCGACCUCGGCCCAAGCCAAAGCCUCUCACGAGAAAUAUCGGCCAUACAAGCGCCAUAUCCUCAGGAAAUAGCUCCAACAACGCUUUUACCGGCAAUACCAGUCAUAUUGAAAUGUUUGAUAUGACACUGAGUAUUGCUGAUCGUGCCAAGAUGCGGAAAAGGAACAAAGAUGGAGAUCAUACAAGCAGUUCCUCAGGCGCACAUGCACAAUCAGAUAUUCUCGAAAUAUCUUCUGACGAUGAAUUAGCUUUACUUCCUGCAAAUAAACUCAAGAAAUCCAAGAAGACGGCAGAGAAGAAUACAACGAAGAAGUCUUCUUCUCUGCCCACCGCUGCUACAACAAGUAAUCAUAUGCGAUACGAUUCUCCAGAUCCUAAUCCCAACCAUUCGUCAUCAUACUCCUUGCCCGUCGUUGCCACUUCCCCCACUCUUGCUCGGAAUGGAAUUCGAGCUUCUUCAAUAAUGCUUCCCCCGUCUGAACCACCGCAGUCCACUCCUUCAGAGAACUUUGAUAUUCCUGCAAUCGAAACUCUGCCUAAUCCUCCUUCAUCUGCUUCUGCUUCCGCCGUCUCGGAGUCGUUCGUCCUCCGAGCUCAGAGAGAUCUCACAGAUUCGAACAUACCACCUACACCUGCUCCGUUCUUUGCAGACCCUUCCUCAUCUCCGUUCCCGGACAAUAAUCCCAACAUUCCUGGCAACAAUUUCAGCAAUACCAACUCAAGAGAAAUUCACACGACAAGAGUCAUAGACUCGGUCUUGAUGCCUCCUCCUCCUGUUCUUUCCCCUGUUGUGCAACCCGAAGCGAAGAAAUCACGGACGAAAAAGAAGAAAGUGAAUGAUGAUGAAGACGAGUACAUGAUCGACAGCGAAGACUGGACAGGUACUGAGCCGAAAGGUAAAGCGAAGAAAUCAAAAUCGAAGGCGAAGGCGAACGACAAGGAUAGAACGGCGACGUCGAAAGAGAAGGGCGGGUCUACCAAGUCCUCUACCAAGGCUAAAGGAAAAGGAAAAGAGAAGGAGGUUCAAGCUGUGUCAAAAAGUCGCGAAUUCAUCGAGGACGACGGAGAAAUUGACGAAAUGCUCAUGUCUACGAUAACGGUUCCUCCUCGGAACACUUCGAUUGCCUCGCCUGCAACUCAAUCUUAUGCUCAGCCUCAGCGUAGUUCCCCUGGAAGCAAACGAGCCCGAGAUGCUUCUGAUGGACAGGGAGAUGACUUCGAUGAUGUGAACGAGGUCCUAGGACAGGGUACGCGGAAGAAGAUGCGUAAGAGUGACGACAAGGAUGAAGCCCGUGACGCAUUUGGCGCGGCUGACGGUGUAGUCGACUUGAGCGGUGGCCUGGACCUGGACGUCGAUAUAGGCCAGUCGACUUCGAGUAGAUCGAGUUUGAGGAAGGGUAAGAAAGGGAAGAAAGGGAGGGUGGUGAUGUCUGAAGAUGAAGAUGAAGAUGCGGUCUCAGAUAUGUAUAUGGAGGAUCAAGGGAGGAAUGCAUUUGACAUGGUUUCUAUCACAACAACAAAGCCGAAGACAAAGCCGAAAUCGAACGCCAAGAAGAGAGUGGUCAGUGGAGAUGAAGAGGAGGGCCACGUUACAGCUGCCGAAGACAUUGGAUCCCUGAAAGAGAACAUAUUACCUUCUCGACCUGAUAUACCACAGACACCUAUUUCUCGAACGCAUAUGGCAAGCGGCUCUUCAAUACAAGCAACACCUGAUACACUUGCUCCAGAUCAAAAGGAUCUCAAAUACCCGUCGUUAACUUCUCGGUACACCAUCGCACCCAAAUCCGCACGCAAGUCAACACCAAUGUCUGAUCUCAUUCGACGAGUCAACUCGAUGCCGAAUUCUCAAUUCAAGAGUCCAAUGCCUAAAGGGGGUAAUAGGAGCGGUGGAGGAAACAAUACACCCAUUAGCCUAACCGCAUACUCUCCCUACCUCAAGUCAUCUCGUUCGUUCCUUUCCCGUAUUGCCCCUCUCCAUCCGAAUAGGCGUACACCUCCGCCACUUCCUCCUGCUCCGCCUCCUCGGAAGAAGACAAGGAAGGAAAUUGAGUGGGAGAAGAAGGAUAAAGAGGAGAGGGAAGAAAUGGAAGAGAGGUGGGAGGAGGAGCUUGUAGAGAGGGUUGGUGGGAUGGGGGAGUGGUUGGGGAUGACAGAGGAUAUGAGGAAGAUGAUGAAGAGGGCAAAGAGAGAUAGGGAGUUGGGGCUUGGGGGGUGGGAAGAGUAG